AUGGAUCUCAAGAUGAAGUCAAUGUAUUUCAACUCAGUUUGGGAUAUUGUAGAUCAGCCUAAUGGGGUAAGACCUAUAGGUUGUAAAUGGAUCUAUAAGCGCAAACGAAAUGCCGAUGGGAAGGCUCAGUUUGUUCUGGGUGAUAAGAAAGUAAUCGCACUAACGCAUGAGUGUAACACGUUAGUAAACAACAGUCUACCAAGGAAGCAGAAGGACCCUGGGAGCUUCACAAUUCCUUGCUCGAUAGGACGAUUGGAUGUAGGUCAUGUGUUGUGUGAUUUGGGAGCAAGCAUUAAUCUCAUGCCACUCUCAAUUUUUAAGAAACUGGGAAUUGGCGAAGCACAACCCACUUCUGUUACUCUUCAGCUUGCUGACAGAACAAUUAAAUACCCAGAAGGAAAUAUUGAAGACGUUCUGGUAAAGGUUGAUAACUUCAUAUUCCUAGCAGACUUUAUUAUCUUGGACUGUGAAGCGGAUAGGGAGGUACCAAUUAUUCUUAGACGUCCUUUCCUAGCUAUUGGGAAAGUUUUAAUUGACAUGCAUAAAGGCGAAUUGACUAUGCGCGUAGAUAAUCAAGAGGUGAAGUUUAAUGUGCUCAACGCAUUAAAGUUCCCAGAUAAUGAAGAUUGUCAACUAAACAGUAUUGAGUUGCCUGAAGAGGAGACCCAUGUAUGUGAGGUCCUCGCGUUGGAGAACCUGAAAGAAUCAAAUCCGCUAAGUCUGAGUGAGCAGCGGACAAAACCAACGCAUCCAUCACUUGAGGAACCACCAGAACUCGAGUUAAAACAGUUACCUAGUCACCUGAAAUACGCAUUCCUUGGAACCAACAACACCUUACCUAUGAUCAUUUCCGCAAAUCUUACAGAGCCUAACGACAAUCUCUCUUGCAGAUGUUGA